AUGGUGGGUGUGAACGGUUCUGGCGCCGUCCCCACGCUAAACGCCAGUGUUACCACAGCAUGCAACCUCGGCGUGGAUGAUGGUACAAAGACUGCGCUCAUCUGCGAGUGGCAAAAGUUGACGACUGCUGCAGUACAGGCGAUGUCAGCCGCCGUUGCCGAACUGCCCUUUCUGGACAACCAUAAGGAGCAGGCGAUAACGUCAAAAUCCGCGUUCCUGACGCCACUUUGGCGCAUAGAAUCGGCACAGGCACAGUACCUUCUUACAGUGGGUCGUAGGGAGUGGUGCAAAGAAGAAAUGUCAAGCAAACGCCACGGGCCCCACAGUGCUGCCGUUGACGCGCCAUGGCUGUUAACCCAAAUCGGCACCGACGCCGCACCCGCGACCGGACUCUCUUGGCAUCAAGCAUGGGAAAAGCAGGUGAUAACACAGCAGGCAUGGAGGCUGGAGCGGGCCCGUGUUUUUCUCGAAGUCAUCCAGAAGGAUUCAAGGGCAUGGUGGAUGGUGAUUGGAUCCGAGGUCCCAAAGGAAAAGUGCCGCGGUUUGACCACCUUCCUGUUGGGCGAUAGUGCGCAGAUACGAAUAUCAGAUCAGCAACUCUUUCCAAAGGACCAGCAUAUCCCACAAGGACCGGUUAUUGCACCAACCAUCCGUCAGCGAUUAGAAGGGUUGGAUUUCGACUCGUCGAAGGCUCGGGGGUGA